AUGUCUGCUACCGCCGCCCUUGAACAAUCCAUGAAACUAAAACAAACCCAAAAGUCUGGAACAUUCCAACCAAUGAUCAGUCUGAAGCGCCCUCUAUCCUCCAUGGGAAGCUUUGACCUCAGCGAAUUCGAACAAGCUUCCAAGCAAAUCGAAGACUCCAUUGCCUUUCCAAGCAUCGAAUGGAGCUUUUCUGAUGACGAUGAUGAGGACGAUGUCUUCUCUUUCGAACCACCAGCCAAACGAUCCUGCAACGGCUUGGUGCGAUGCAAGAGUUCCGCCGAUCUCUCCUCCGCGAGAUGUGGCUCCGCUGGAUCUUUGUGCUAA